AUGAGAGCAGACGCUGACUGUACCCUCUGUGGCAACUCCUGCACAGACCAACCCUACAAUCACUUCUUCUUUGACUGCAGCAAAGUGGCAACCCAAGAAGCCAUGCGCCCAGCCUUAGACUUGGUGAAGCAAAGCUCUGGUAUCAAUGUCAGAGAAUGGAACAUUAAAGCACUGGACAUCUCCACGAAGUCUCGUCGCCCCAACCUUCCAUUCAUCCACCUCAUGGCAAUCAUCGUCAACUACCUCUGGCACUACAUCGCCAACCACCUCUUUGGCAACAAGGAAGCCCUGUUGGCCAAGCUCAGCUUGGUGUGCAUCACAUCCUUCAAGUCCCUCCUCCGCCAGGAGUGGCGCUCCCUCAUGUCCACGCUCACGAGUCACAUCCUGGCCGGACGACCAGUCAACAUCAAGAAUGAGAUGGCCAAGUUCACUACGACAUCCGUCUUCCGCCUCUGCCGCCAACUAUCAACAAAUACUUGGUGGCCGAAUUCAGAGGCCUACA